UUUCGGAAUCUGCCCUUGUAUAUGGCGGACGAAAUUUCCACAGGAGGAACCGCAACACAAACCCCGUAUACACGGCAGAAACGGAAAGCUUACCCAGGCAAGAGUAAAGCUCGGUAAAUUUAUGAAUCAUUACGCCAUUACUCUUUCUAAAAUGUAACGUAGCGUGUCGCGGAGGGAUAAAAACCCGGCUGUGGUGGAAAUUUUUUUCAACAUUUGGAAAUUCUCAUAACUAAUUCACGAUUUUUUUGAGGAAGCAGUUGUGCAGUCACCUCUGGUCGGGGAGGGAAGCUUUCUGGAGCGAGAGCCUGUUUCGCAUGAGCUGCAUCGUUUUUGGAGAAGCACAGGCUCAGAGGAGGAGGAGUCAUGAGUGCACCGGAGACACCCAAUCCAGGGAAUGAGCAGGCAGACAGUGGGAGCACUGCCCCAGAUGAACCCUCACCAACUGCUGCCCCAAAGCCCAAGACCCCCAGUCCACCCCCUGGUCCACCAACCUGUCCGCCGCCUGCUCAACCACCCGGUCCGCCGCCUGGUCCACCACCUGGUCAGCCCACUGUUACAGUAAAGACAGAGCCUGGGACCUCGGAGACAAGUAACGGGAAAGUGGGGGACCCCAACCCUGCUGAGAUCUGUGUCGUCUUAGGAGGAGGCGACGGAGGGGCGAGUGCUGCAGGACCCCGUAGUAGAGCUCAGAUCGAGGGUUCAUAUGUAUGUGGUGUUUGUGGGAAAAAGUACAAGUAUUACAACUGCUUUCAGACCCACGUCCGAGCACACAGAGAAUCAGAGAGCAUGGGUUCAGAUGGUCUACCCCCAACUCCCAACAGUAACUUCCGUUACUCCUGUGACAUCUGUGGCAAGAAGUACAAAUACUACAGCUGCUUCCAGGAGCAUCGUGACCUGCAUGCAGUUGAUGAUCCAUAUGAACAGGUAGUGUUACCUGUGGAUGGCAUUAAAGAGGAGGAGCCUAUUGAACCCUACCAGAAAAUCGGACCGAGCGAAAAAGCUCUCGCCUACCUUCGCAGAGACAGUGGGUUCAACCGACGGCAGCGGGUGUCCCUUCAAACACAAUUGGCGGUUUUCGCAGAAACAGGGAGCUACGUCUGCGAGUUCUGUGGGAAGCAGUACAAGUACUUCAACCCGUACCAGGAGCAUGUGGCUCUGCACACACCAUUGAGCUCCUUUGAUAUGAAGGCAUCGCUGAUACCUGAAUGUGGAAGCAUUGAUAUGAGUAAAUUUGGCCACAGCCAGGCUGGUAAGAUAAAAAACAGUCCAUUCAGGCGGAAGCUGGAAAGUGCAAUUCAGUCGAGUCUGGUUGACACAAACAGCUCGCAGAAUUCAAGCGGAACUCCGAGCCCUCUGGUGGCCAGCACCUUCGUUACAUCCCAGAAACCCUACACUUGUGGUGCCUGUGGCAUCAAGUUCCAGUUCUACAACAACCUGCUGGAGCACAUGCAGUCCCACGCUGCUGACAAUGAGAACCACACCAAAGGCGACUCUCCCAAAACCUCCUCUGCUCCUGGUCCUCAAGAGGUGCUGUGGAGAAGUUCUCAGACCACGGCCUCGGCCCUUCCCUCAGUGAAACUACAAAUCCAGCCUCAAAGUAUCACCCAGAGAAAUCACACUGUCAGCCAGAAUAAUGGACUUCCUGAGAAGGAGCGCCAGCAGGUAGCAGAACGUCUCUUACGGGUAAUGUGCUCAGAUCUGAGAAUGAUAAACGUGCUCAACAGCAAAGACUUCCUGAAGCUGGCGCAGACUCUUGUGGAUACGGGUGCUCGUCACGGAGCCUACUCCACCCGUGACGCUUUUGGUAACAUGAGUGCCUUGGCACUGCGCCAGCUUCCCCGCAUGUACAACCAAGUCAAAGUCAAAGUCACAUGUGCUCUGGGCUCCAACACUUCUCUGGGCAUUGCCGUCACCUGCCACUCUCAGACCUCAGGUCCAGAUGCUUGCUACAUUCUCACAGCCUACCAGGUGGAGGGGUCCAGGCUGAAGCGCUACGUUCUUGGUGUGAAGGAGGCGGAGCUAAGGGAGGGGCCUGAGCAGGUUCACCACUGGGUGCAGAACGUGCUGUCUGAGUUUGUGAUGUCAGAAAUCCGCACUGUGUACGUCUCAGAGCCUCGAGUGUGGGCGGCAGGAUUCGCAGGGUCACCUCUUGGUGGCGGACGGGGCAGGAUAUGCUUGCGCUGCGCCGGUUGUUCCCUCGGUGCGGUCGUCCAGGCUGUUCUCGGGAAACGCAGCCUCCAGGCUCGAGGUCUUCAUGAGCUUGCAGAACUCCUGUCAACAUGCAGAGAUAUCGCCUCCUCCUCCUCGCUGGCUCUCCGUGAUGAACAGAGCACCAACACGUCUACAAGCACAACAGAAGAAGGUACGCAGAAUAGCCCCGCACAGUGCCCCACCCCGCCAUGCUGGGAUCGUAUGGCCGAAGCUCUCCUGCAGGUUCAUGCCCACUUUGAACACAUAUGUGAAGCUUAUGGACGCAGCAAAGCCACCGCUCCACUCCUCCAAGGUCUCAACAAACAUCUGUUAGGGACGCUGGCAUGUCUGCUGGCUCCUCUGCGUCUGGCAGCUUUGGAGCUGAGCAGCCAGAGGAGACCGACCUUACAGCAGGUGCUGCCUGUCUACCUACGCCUGGAGAAGUUUUUCACAUCAAAGGCGGGAGAGGCGGGGACGGGCACAGCAAGCAAACUCUGCCACUACUUCUUAGAAGCACUCAAGGAAAAUUUCAAGGUUGAAAGAGCCCACCAGGUAGCCAUGAUCCUGGAUCCACAACUCAAGCUGCGUUCAGUGCCGGCCUAUCAGCAUGAAGACAUCAUUUCCCGUGCUUGUGACAUGGCUGCUGAAAACCGAGAUGGAGGUAUGACGGGUGGUGGCGGGUCAGGCGGUGAAGAUCGAGACACCGAUGGCCCUCCGACCCCUAAAAUAAGUCGCAUAGAGGGAGGGGGAAACAACGGUGGCACGUUAGCGGGAAUCUCCUCAUCCGGUAACGGCGAGAGUCCGAACCAAGUCAGACAGGAGAUUUUUCGAUACCUGGCUGAACCUCUUCUUCAAGGCACACCCGACCUCUUCCAGUACUGGAGCUCGGCGGUGGGGGAGAAGUUCCCCAAGCUGGCUCGCCUGGCUCUGUGGCUGCUCGCCGUGCCCGCUGUGGGCAUUCGCAGCGAGUGUGUGACUGUGUGUGAGCAGAGCCUGGCCAUGAAGAGGAGGCAACAGGUGACCGCAGAGGAAAUGAACAAACUCAUUUUCCUUCGCUCCAACAUGGGCUAAAAGAAAAACCCAAUCAAUCCUAACCAACCAAACCUUCACCUCCAACCAAUGACUGAAGACUAUUAUUUAUAUACUGUAGGGUUAGACUUACUGUAAACUUAAAUGUGUUUGAAAUUAAUAUACUUCUCAAGACGAAUACUUACAGGAAGCUCACAUUGUACAGGUUACAAUCACCCAUCAACAAAACGGCUUGUUCCAUAUUUUCUACGGAGAAAGGACUGUUGUAAAGUACUGUGGAAAAAUGACGGGGUGGAACGGUUAAUCUCAAAAGAUUUCCCUGACUUGUAUGCCUCUCUCGUUUUGGGACGCACACAAACAGGAUCAGUUUCAGUCAUAUCACGGCCAGUAGUUUGAAUUACUCCAGCCUAAAGGCUACAAUGCUGUUACUCUCUCUGGAUGGCAACAUAUUCAGGUAAAGUCAGCUUUCACUUCUUGAAACUACAGUCAUAAACAUCUGAAAACAGUUACAUUAACAGAUGUUAAACAGUAAUUACUGUUGGAUGCAGUAUGUUGGAGAAUAAUUGUUUUUAGUUGGUAUAUGACACAAAAAAAUCAAGUAGUGAAUCCUCACUGCCAGUGCACCUCUGACAAUGAACUAAACCAGGUUUAUGAUUUCUAAUCAUAUACCAACAUGACAUUUUUCACCACAUUCAGACGCAGAAAGAUCAUCGCAUCUGAACUGAUGUUUGCUUCAGUGGCCUAAAUAUGUAGCUGUGCAUCAUUUGCAUGCGCUGCUCUGCAUGCAUUUUUCAUUUAAGCAGCUGAUAAAACUUUAAUGAUAAUAUGAUGUUUUCUUUUUUGUUUAUGAUAGAAAUUGGAAAAAAUCCAAUUCAAAGGCUUGCUCUCUUUUUGAACUUAACUUAAAGGGGCUUUUUGAUGCUGGAUAUGUAUGGGCAGAAAUAUUUAUGUCAGUAGAAAGUCAAAGAAAUGGGUUCAUCAAGUACUACCAGUUUUUGAUGCAGUUAUUCAAGUUUAAAAGUGGAAUUUUAAAUAAUAAGAUUCAAACUCAAAUUUUAAACCCAGUUAUUGACCCUUUCACCCACUGCCUUUAGCUUGACUCUUGUGCCACAGUGGCAGCAGGCUAGGUAGACCUAAACAUCCCUCUCCCUGUAAUGUUUUCUGCCACUUCCUGGGGGGAUUUUAAGCAAGCCCAGAGAAAAAGAGGUAACCUCUAAUGGUAGAUGCCCAGGAGGCAUCCCCAGUCAGAUGCAAGAACCAGCUCAAUUGACUCUUGGUGAAAAGACGAAGCGUUUCAACUCAGAGCUUCCUCCAGAUGCCUUUGCCCUAUCUCCGAAGCGGGUGCAUACACUGUGCUACUGAAUUGCUUAAGACCAUUGUGCACAAUUUAUGCACUCAGACUUUAAUGGUUUGAUGGUCAUGAACGGCCUGAGUGGGUAGUCAUAUUUCCUACUCUUCUAUUUAUGAUGGUGGUAGGGGGAUGUGUAAUAUAAAGUUAGUCCUGCUGUUUUCAUGGCUAUUUAGGACAUUGUCUGACAGUUUACGAAGGAAAAAUGCCUCAAAGUUCAGGAUUCUGCUCAGGGAGUGUCUGGGGUCGUGCAAGCAAAUUAUCAAGUAUGCCAGUCAGGAGCAGCUGGUCGGGCCGUAGUCAGGUCAUGGUCGGUCGUUGUAUCCCCCUGUACACCGCACGACAAACAAUGCACGAUCUGGCUGACAGUCAGUGCGACUUCCAAGCGAGUCACUCGAAGUUCCUCAGAAUUCACACAUGGGGCUUUUCCGCUAUCACUUUUUGCCAUGCCGAUCCAAACCAAGCCGUGCUGAUUUACUUUCCAUCACCAGUUUGGCUGACUAUGCCACUCCACGCCCAGAAUGGUCCUGCCCUGGAGCAGGGCCCAAGCGCACCCACCCACCCUCCAAGCGCGCCAGUGAUGGCCAAAGCAGUUCCCCAUCAUUUGGGGACGCCUCACAGACGUCUUUGAGUAGCAACUGCUGCAUCAAACUUCGAAAUACCUGCCAGAUUACCAAAAGAGGAAGAAGACGAAACUUGGAAGUAGAACCCAUAGGUGAACAAACAACAGAACAAAACAAUGCUUACUGAGGCACAGCUGUCUAACGUCAUCAACUCAAAACACCGCGGCUCUAGAUGUGCCCUUUAACGAGUAUCUCAGUUGUGGUGGAGAAGCAAAUCCUCUGCUGUGCUGGGCUGCCAUGCCAAGUCAAACCAAGUAGGGCUAAGUCGUCUUAUUGCAGUAGAAAAGCCCCAACCAUGCCUGAUGUAAGGCUGUGCCCAGCCACCCUCUGAAGGAAACUCACUUUUCUUUGAGUUCCUUUCCUUGUGCAAAGUGGUGGGAGAAAACAUCAUUUUUAUCCUGACAUGCGUGAUAUCGUUAUCAAGUAGCUGGUGCCAGAUAUCAAUUUUUAAUUCAGAAAUAUGUCACUUUCUUCAGAUUUACCUCACAAUUUGACUGACUUUUUCACCACUUUGUGACUCCUCACGGCGGCACAGUAGACACAGAUGAGCAUUAACAGGAAUGUCGAAGAAUUUUCCAAAGAUAACGAUGAAGAUGACACAGGGAUAAUGUCAGAAAGUGAAUGGAAAUGAGAAGUUGUAAGAUACUUGGUGAGUCUGACACCACAUUGCAGCAAAUAUGUGCAUUAUUUAUGCACUUAACCUUUUUAAGGGAUUUUUUUAUGAGAUAUCAUGAUUCAUAGUCAUGAUUGUAUAUUUCCAUAAAUUGUUAUCAAGGUCCAUAUGUUGUGUGUUGCAACAUAUUUAACCUGAAGGAUAAUGGGAAAAAACUAACAGUGGGAUAUUUUUCUCUUUCUAUAUAUACUUCUAUUUUUAUAUUAAGAAAAUGAAACUAUCCCAGAUAAAUGUGGAUAUUAUGCACGUUCAUGAAAGUUACAAUCAAACAACUAUAUAAUCCUCUUAUUUAGGUCUGAGUAUUUUGGGAUUUCAAAACUAAGUGAGGUUCAUUCUUAAUGACCGAUCAUCCUUCAAGUUUGACUUGCUAACUGUACUAUUGAGCUGCUUUAGACUCACACUGCAGCAUGCACAUACAGCUGUGAUGUAAGCUGUCAACAACACAUCCAUAUCAUGAACCGACUCUUUAUUUAUACACUUGGGCUAUAUUAAUGUACACUAAGAUGAGACAUCUGAUUGAGAUCCCCCUCUCAAUUAGCAUUUGCCUCAAGUGUCACACCGGUGUAUCUGUGACAGCAGCAGCGUCGCCUGUAGCCUGUAAGUGCUUACAUGCAAAAGAGAUUCAGAAUGUACAGUACUCUGUUUUCUGACUGAUGAUAUCAGACAUACUUUUAUUAAACUCAGCAUUGGUUGCCAUCAAACAACAUAGAGGUGGCAAUACUGUUGAGUCGAACAGUGAAGACUGCAGCUAAAACCUGGACAAGCCACGCUUACAUGGUCCAUUUCCACACAGCGGUCCAUUUUGAUUCAGUACAGUUUUUCAUGGUUUAGCACAUUAAAUUCUAUUGUUAUCCGUGUUUCCUCAGCUGAGGUCCAUCUCACCAACCUCCAGCCUUGCUUGUUCUGAUGGGAACCCCGUCUCUUUUUAAAGAUCCAGAUCAUUUGGCUCAGCUCAGCUCCCAAACAGCUUAAAAAGCCAGUUUGGCUUUUUAAAAUGGGGAUUAAAUAAUGACAAAGGAUGGAGGAAAGGAAGCAGGCACUCAAACGGGAGCUAGCUACCACGGCUAACACAAAUAAGCCGGUUCAUGAACAGCACAGCAAUAUUUUACCUUUUUUAUUAAAAGCAUUAAAUUAGAAUUUUUUAAUGUUAAAGGGGCUCAGAUAGCCUCUUUUCUCUCUUCAUCUGGCCAGAGGAUGCUCGACAUUAAGAGGUCUGCAAGACUGAGUAUUUGUGAUAUUGAUCGUUCAGUGAAUCAAUAAACAGUGGUUAAAAUCACUGUAGGGAUCAUAUUCAAUGUAUGUAGAAAUUUUCUGAUGACAAGUACAGCAUACAGGUCCAUUUAGAGCUGUUAUAUUCUAACUUUGCUGCUCCUCCAUUCCUAUUUGGACAUUUGGAUGCUGUAAUUGCAAACAACCUGUAGCCUUAUAAAUAUGAAUAUGCCAAUAAUUCAGCCUACAAGUGGUCAGUGAAGGCCACCCAACUCGAUUCUGCAGAGUUCAAUAAUGAGUUAAGCAUUUAAGAUUUGUUACAAACCUCAGUGCCCCGUGGUAAACUUAGAUCAGUGGGUUAAUUGAAAGCUUUGCAAUUAGGCUUAGCUCCCUCUUCAACAUGACAGUCGACCCUCCUGACUCGGAGAUGCUUGAACUUUUUCACCCGGGGCAAAGUCUUCUCCAUCUGGAGGGUAAAAUCCACUAUUUCCUGAGUCUAAGUCAUUCAAAUUCCAUUUCUACUGACACAUUUCUGUCUAUCAAUGUGCAAAUCAAAAGCCCAGAUUUGCAUAGGAGAGCAUAAAAACACCAAAUCAAAUGGUUAAGAUGAGCACUUUUAAUUUGUGGUGUGCAUGCACAAAAAGGGCAGCAUCAUGUUAUGACUAGGUUGCAUGGUUUCACUCUGCUUUGCUGUAACUCAGCUGUUUUUUACAGAUAAGAUAUUAAACUGCAUAUGGGAUGCAAAAAUCACAACAUGUCCUUUAAUGCUUGAAGGUACAACCCAGCUUUUAUGCCAGUAACUACUCACUAACGACACCUAGAGGCCAUUCUGUCUGGCCUGAUAACAAUUCAGGAAUAUCACAACGUCACAUAUGGGUUUCAUCAUUACACUUCUCAAAAACAGAGAUGUUUUUCCUCAGCAUUGCCAUCCUUUAAACAGCAGUAACAUUAUUAGCUGUCAGCUUACAGGCAUGGGUUCAGCUUUCUUGAAUCCUUGCAUGGUUCCCCACUGUGUGCAUGAGUUUUUUUGUCUGUUUAAAGCUUAAUUAAAAAAGACCUGUCCUUAGGAACGCUUUUAUUAUUUAAUUUAUGACUUUUUUCCAUUAAUCAUUUAAUAUAAACAUCGUCUUCCUCAUGUAAGCUGAAAUUUUCCUUUUCAAGGCAAUAAGCUUUAUCUUUCUUUUCAACUUUAACACAAACGACUGUUCAUGACACUCCUACAGGUCAUUAUUAUUAUUUUUAUUAACGAUAAAUUAUUUUUCUGUUUGUGAAAUGAACGGGAUUUUCUCAGGAACGAGUGCACCCAAGCCGGCACCACAACACUUUUCCUCACUGUACUGAAAAAAAAAAGAAAAAAAAAAAAAAAAAAGCACCAAACUGUGACCUCAAUGCCGUGGUACGGACUGAAGCGUGACUUUUGCGAAGCGUUCCACCCCUAAACUCAGUUAGUGCCAUUUGCAACAAACGAAAAUCACUGAGGGAUUAUUGUUUUUUCAGGAUGAAGCAAAUUCUGCCAGUACAUUCGCUAAAGUCAACACAUGCAUACUAAUGAAGUCGAGUUAUUUAUUUUUUUAUGGAUUGUAGUAUACAGUAACACGAGACGAUACCUCCUAAAAAUGACUUGGAUGAAUGGAAGUUAUACUGUACUUUAGUUUGUUGCCUUUGGUACUAAUCGGUUCUGUACGAGUUUGUCAUCUCUGUUUUUUGGGCCUUAAGUCUCUUUUCAUGCUAUCACCUGAAAUCCUUCAGUCAGAGCCAAACUCAUGCCUUUUUAUUGCUGUUAAAUGGCCUUCUUUUCACCAUCUUCUCUGAUGCUUGUAUUUAUUUUCUCCUUUUUCCACUUAUGAUUGAAGGUUGGAAACAGUGUCCUCUAGUGGUCUGUUUUAGAUGGGGAAAACUGUGGUAUUUUUAGAGUGAUUGUUUUACAAUUUCCAGCUUUUGGAAGGAAGAUGUGUCAUUUUUGAAUCAUCUGUUGUUUUGUUGGAAUAGAUCAGGAAUUCUUUCAACAAUUACUGUACUCAAGCACAAAAACACACCGCAUAAAGUGCUAGAUUUGAUAUCACAAUGCUCGUUUCUACACCAUAUCUCGACAUCUAACAGGCUGCAGAAGCAUAUAUCAUCUUAUUUUGACAUUUUUCCAAGCUUUAGGCCCAAAUACAACUCAACAUACUAUCACAUAACACAUCUGCCUCAAUUUAAAGUUAAGUUUUAGCCCUCACAGUGGACGGAUUCAGUUGUGCAUUUGCAUAAGUUAAAGUUUAACUUGUGUUAACCUUGCAGAUGUGCUUGGUCGGCCAGUAGGAACAUUAAUGAGCUGCAGGGACGGUUUACUGUUAAGGACACAGAAAGUAGCAAGUCAGUACACUGCACAUGGGACUGUAAAGGGCAUACGAGGAAAAGGAGAGACAAAAUGAGUCUUUAUAGUCCAUCUGAAUGCAGUUUUUUCCUGUUUUCAGUUGUAAAAGAUUUCCUUACCUUCAUUCAGUUAUAAUACAUUUUUCAUGAAUACUUUUUACUCCUUAAAGAGUAACUUAACACCAAGUUUAGCAGAAAAGUUCUGAUUCAACCAAAAAGUUUUCCCUCUAUUCUUAGAGAUGUUCCUAUUUUCACCCAACAGUGAUGUCACAGUGUCUAAAAGUAUAUCUGUUCAUCACCACGGAUAGGUGAGAAGUAAAGUGGCAGUUAACGUGAACUUCUCAAUGAAAAGAAACUACCACCUCUACCUCUGUGACCCCGUGUCACUCCACUAAGCCCCACCUACCAAAUGACUCACCAACUGAAGUAUAGUAACAGCUGUCACUGCUGUCAGUUCAACUUGCAAAGUCAAGUCAGACUCAGAGGGCAGAAACGACAGCUGAUUGGUAUACGUACGGAAAAGACGUUUCAAAGAGGUAACAGGUGUGUGUCGUUGGGCUCAAAGCUCCACCAAAAUAGAGCGAGUGACUCCUGAAAGAGUCUGAUUUGUUAAAAGUUCUGCAACCCACCUUCCCAGCUGCUUGAUAUCUUGAAUUUAAAGUCUCUUUUUAAGCAAACAAGGGCCCCACAAAACAUUUUACUACUAUUUUUUGGUUGAUUUUGACAAAACAAAGAAUAAAGGCUGUUAAAAAGUGACUCUUGCAAGCCAGUCACAUCCACUGGCUUUUAAUGGGCAGGAAUACUAAAAGAAGGAAAGCUGUAGACACAAGGCAAAAGUAGAUGAAGACAAUUGCAAGUUCGUACGCAGUCGAGUUGAUUGGCUUGAAACCUGCAGGGCAGGCUUGCCCAUAUUGUUUAUUUGAUUGAAAACAAAAGUAGUAAUGCUUUUUGAUGCCAGUUUUUCUUUUUUUUUCUUUAAUAAAACCCAUUUUUGUAAUGAUGGAUACUAGGGCUUAACAUUUUUUGCACAUGAGCCACUGUGGCUCAUAGUUUUCCAAAGUUACCAGCCACUUCAAAUUUGAACUGGCCACACUAUUAUUGUUAGAAGUAACUCAUUUAUGAUAAAUGUUGACUAUAAGAUUGUACCAAAUCAUUUGAAAUGUUAAUGAACACUGUACUUCCAACUUUCAAAUAUUUUUUUCUCAUCAGCCCUGGAGAAAAAAACUCAAAUUGACCAGAGUUUGUGGUCUAUUAUAAAGUGGGCACAAAUCCAGCACUUUGCAGUUAUUUUGGGGGAAAAUUUACCCCUUAAUUUGCAAAAUGGUCUCUCUGCAAUAAGCAUUUAUGACAGUAACAGUGCCAAAACACUAUAGAUAGUAUUAGAGAAGUGCUUAGGAUAGCAAUGAAUCCAUCAAACUUAGAACUGAACACCUUUACACUGUCUAUACUGUACAGAUUUAUUUGCAGUAUUUAAGUACAUAAAUGUUGCCAAUAUAUUUGUGCAAUUUAGACAGCGUGUAAAACUUUGCCAACAGUUUUUUUUUUUCUAGCCAUUUGAAAACAAGAACUUACCCUAAAACCUAGGGCUGCUUGAUUAUGAUAUAAAUCAAAAUCAUAUAUUUGAUUGGUAUUGGGAUUAUGAUUGUUUAACACAUUCACUUAUUGAGUUUACAUUUCAGUCAUAUGCAUUUAUCAAAUUUUAAAUCAAACACAUUAUAAAACAUGGAUUAAUUGGAAAUAAAUCAGUGAAAAACAUAAAUACAAAUUCUACAAAUCAUAGGUAAUAAACAAAAACAUGCUUUUAUGGCUAGACUAUUACAAAAAAGACUAAAACAUUUACCGAAGACAAGAUGUAGACAAAAUGAGCACAGCAUGUGGUAGAGUAAUAAUGUGACUAUAAUGUGAUUAUGGGCUUAAAGGGGUGAAAAGCGGUUAAAAAUCAACCCUUGUUGGUCUGGUGUGUUAUGUACUCCAACGCACUGAGCAGUGAAGCUACAGCUUGCAUUACAUGAUAUAGGGUGACUUUUAGUUGUGUUUGAUAUGAUAUGAUAUGGGUGGAUAUUGGCUAAAAAUUCAAUUAUUGUAUCACAGAUAAGGAUAUUUCUACAGAUAUUUACAACCACUAUAUAGGCUGUAAAUAUCAGCUCACAAACUCAUUUUGUUAUGUUACUUUUAUUUACCUGCCUCAGUGGAUGGUAGGUUGAGAAAAUUGGGCACUGCUCUAAAAAACCCACGUUUGACUUAUUCUGACCUCUAUUUGUUGGUAUUAUGGUUUCCAAACAAGUAUCAGUAUUGUUUGAUUUUCUAAUCUAUAAAAGUACAAAAUAAUAUUAUUGUGACAACCCUUGAUCGAAUCCACUUUUAUUCUGAGGAAAAAUUCGACUUGAUAUUGUCAGUAAUGUUGGAAAUAGACUGAACCAAUCAUCUAUUUAAACAUAUAUGCGCAUACUGCAGCUUAAAACCACUGGAGGUCAGCAGACACAACAUUUUCAGACGGUGUUAAGUUACUCUGAGGGGUUAUUCAACACUCAUGAUCAUUUUUUUUGUGCUUUAAAGCUCUGAAAGGAAACAUAAAGCUUGGAUUACUUUGUUUUAAACGGUUCAUCUGUUAUUCCUCUGUAUGGCUUUGGAGGUUUGAGAAGGACCCUUGUUUUCAUUUUGCAUACCUGAAAUCGAUCUGCUGUUUUCAAACUGAUUCAUGUCACACAUUUAUAUUUUGGUAUCAAAACAGAAAAUUUGCUGUAAAGUAUAUUUGAAACUGAUUUAUUUUAGAGCACCAAUCAAAUGUUUUACCUCAGUACUCAGAAGGUAAUGUUGUUAUUUAAAGAUUGGAAAUCAGCUGUUGAUACAAAUUCUAGCUUUAGUCAAAAUACUGUACAUUUGUUUGCAGUCAUACUCAAUUGAACUGAUGAAGGGAUUUUUCUUACAGUUUUUAAAUAAGUAUUUUAAAUAGAAUAUACUCUGGGACAAAACGCCAUUGUUGACGCAAUGAUGUCAACUUAAUUACUCAGAAAUAGCAUUUUUGUUGAUUUAAUGAGAAUUAUAUCUAAGAUAUGCAUGCUUUUAAUAAGAUUACUGCUAUAUAAAGUUAGAGUCAACAUGAUUCAGUUCCAUCGGAUGAAAAAACACUGGUUUAUGAGUUGAACGUACCUUCAAAAACACCCUAUCAGGAGUCAGAUGAGCAAAACCAGGGCUGGAUUUUAACCUCUCAAGGUGGGCGUAGCGACGCUGAUUAUGGCUUGGUGUUUUUAGGGUUGACAUCAUCCAUUUUCAGAGGAUGUAUUAUGUAAAUACAAGGAGAACUGCUGUUUUUAUGCCACAAGGGGGAGCCUUCAUUUCAGAGAUACAGUAGGGAACACCAAUAACAUUAUACCUCUAUUUUCUACAGUAGCAUUUCAAACAAAGGUUUUGAUAUAAUAGAAAACUCAACUUAGAUACUGUUAUUAUUCCGCUGUAAGUUUAAUUUUGUUUCAGGAUUUUAACUUAUUCAGAUAAUAAUUGUAAAAUACGGUAUAAGAAUGCUAACAUGGAGUUCUGUUUUAACUAUGGAUUAUAGUCUGUAUUAUCAAUUCAGGUUAAGAAACUAGUGUUGCUUUCCAUCCUACUUUACAGGCAUUACUUCCUUUUUAUACUCUGCUAAAAUGCAAAAAAUUGUGUUUGAUCUGAUUCUUUGUUUUUGUCUUUUUUUAUCGCACUUUGGCAGCAGAUUCCUGUGUAGCUUCAGAUCUAAGUUUGUCUUAUUAGUAAGCCUAAUUUAUACUUUUGUAGCAACACUAUUUUUAUAUAACGGCGAAGAAAGGGUUCAGUGUCUUUUUUUUCUGUUUGUUUUAUUCCUGUGUCAUAUGUGGCAGCGCUGUUCAAUGUUUCUUGAAUACAUUACCCACUGUAGUAUGUGAUGUGUGAAUAAACUCCAAAUCU